AUGUCGUGCGCUGACUGUUACACGGGGCACGACCAUCCUGGCCCUGUCUAUGGCCGCGAGACCAAACUUCAUGGUCAUGAUGUUUACGUUACAGAUCCUCAGACCAAAGUGCUUUCCACAAAAGGACUAAUAGUCGUUAUGUCGGAUGCGUUUGGGUGGAACACGACCAACCUACGUGGUGUAGCAGACAGAUAUGCGGAGCGGACUGGCUACAGAGUAUACGUCCCCGAUUUCAUGCAUGGCACCUCUGCGCCCGCAUCUAUCAAGGCCGUCAUUGACAGUGUUCUCAAUGAGGGAGGUUUCUGGGGUUGGCUAAGAAUCAGAUGGAACUUGUUAAAGGCGGCAUUCGUCAUGAUCCCUUUCAGUAUUCGCAACAAGCCCCAGAAGCGUUACCCUGGUAUUCGCAAGUUCAUGGACGACCUACGUUGCGAUGAAGCAGCGCAUCUCAAAGUUGGCGUGGUGGGCUUCUGCUGGGGCGCAUACGGCAUCACGCAUCUAGCCCACGGCGAGGUAGCUGCGAAUGGCAAGACAAUCAUCGACGCAGCUUUCACUGCUCACCCGAGCGAAAUCGAGGUUCUCCGAGAUAUCGAACCUGUGAAGCUGCCCUACAGCUUAGUCAUUGGUGAUGUUGACUUUGCUUUGCCUUUGAAGGAGGUGCACAAAGCAGCUGAGAUUUUGGAAGCAAAGAAGGAUCUAGACACCGAGGUCGUGAUUAUUCCUAAUGCAAAGCACGGCUUUGCUGUUAGGGGCAACCCCGAUAACAAAGAGGAGAGAUAUAUGGCUGAUCAGGCAGAAGAUCAAGUAGUCAGAUGGUUUACUAAGUACCUAGUUUAG